ACUGACAGGAGAGGCUGUGCCACUUUUACCUUCAAGAUGUCAACUUUCACAAAACUUGACCAAAAAGUGCUGCGAGAUGUACUGGACCUCAGUGCCAAGGUGGAAGAGGAGGGGACGGGUAUUUCACACCAACAGGAGAAGAGAAUAGUGAUUUCAUAUGUUGUUGGAAAGCUGUCCUUCAUUGACACACCCAAGAUUUAUGACCAAGGAUCAAAUGUGGAGGGAAAAGUUAAAGCAGUUCACUACAAUAAUACACCCAUUCCUGACAUGCCAGUGUACCUGUUUGAGGGUGUAAGGUGGUCAGCACGUCUGGUACAGAACCUCACAACUGACAGUGAUGGGAUUGCCACCUUCUCAUUCAACUCUGCUGACCUUAAAGGGGGCAUCCACCUUCAUGUUAGCAACAAACCAACGCUGGACUACGUUGGUUAUAGAAUACCAUACUAUGAGGUUGGAGGGCACGUAUUGUCUGUGGCCAAACUUCUGUCUCCUGAUACCAAAACAUUCAGCUCCCUGGAGGUGAAGAAGAAGGAUCAGCUACUUCUCUGUGACAGAGAAGAAGACAUCUCCAUCAAAUACACUGUAGUUGGAGAGACCCAGGGCCCUGUGGAUGUGAUGUAUCUGGUCUUAUCCAGAGGAGCCAUUAUCAUGCUAGGAGUUAAAUAUAUUGAAGUGCAAGCUAAAUCAGUGACUGAGGGCGAGGUGUCCUUCAAGUUGACAGUGUCUGCAGAGAUGGCACCAGGCGUCCAGGUUGUAGCUUACGCCGUCCUCCCCAGUGAGACUGUGAUCGCCCACAGUGCUGACUUCUCCACCGAGAAAUGCUUCAGUCACAUUAUCAUUAACAAAGUGUCGCUGGAGUUUUCUCCGCCCUCAGCUGUUCCAGGGGAGGAAACCAUCCUGCAGGUGACGGCCCAGCCAGACUCUCGGUGUGGUGUGAGCGCUGUCGACCAGAGCGUCCUCAUCAAGGAGCCAGGAAACACUCUGAAUGCAGACAAGAUAUUUGCCUUGUUGCCUGUCAGAGAAGCAUUCUAUGUUCCACGCGAGGUUCAAGAUCCUGAUGAAUGCUUACAUGUGAGACCUAAAAGAUAUGUGCCAUACCCUGGAAGGGUCAAUGCAGAUCAUGCUCAUUUAGUUUUCCAGUAUGUAGGGCUGAAGAUGGCAACAAACUUGUUUAUCGGAGUUCCUUCAUGCCUCAAGUACAACGGAAGAGAAUACCACCGCCCUAUUGGCGAACGUGGCAGUGUUGGCAGAUCAUCUCCUCCUCCUCCUCCACCAAUAGAAACAGUCCGCACUUGCUUCCCUGAGACCUGGAUAUGGGACCUGGUGGAAGUUGGAGAGUCUGGAACAAAGGAUGUGUCCCUCACUGUCCCAGACACCAUCACCACCUGGGAGACGGAGGCUUUCUGUUUGUCCCCUCAGGGGUUUGGCUUGGCUCCUCGUAAAGAGAUCACCGUCUUCCAGCCCUUCUUCCUGGAGCUCAGCCUGCCUUACUCCAUCAUCCGGGGGGAGCACUUUGAACUGAAGGCAACCACCUUCAACUACCUGUCCAGCUGCAUCAUGGUCACUGUGACUCCAGCACCGUCUUUAGAUUACACCCUCACUCCGCUCUCUGGUGACCAGUACACAACCUGUUUGUGUGGCAGUGAGCGCAAGACCCUUAGCUGGACCAUGGCCCCCUCAGCCUUGGGGGUUGUGAAUGUGUCUGUGACUGCUGAGGCUGUGGCAUCCCACACUUCAUGUGACAAUGAGAUUGUGAGUGUUCCAGAGAGAGGACGUAUCGACGUGGUCACACGAUCUCUCAUAAUAAAGGCUGAGGGAACUGAGAUCACCAAGACCUACAACUUUCUGCUCUGCCCAAAAGGUGACAUUCUGGGCCGAGCCCUGAAGAACCUGGAUGGGCUGCUGAAGAUGCCGUAUGGAUGUAGAGAGCAGAACAUGGUGCUCCUGGCCCCCAACAUUUACAUCCUCCAGUACCUGGAAAACACACAGCAGCUGACCGCAGCCAUCAAGGAAAAGGCUACCAACUUCCUGACCAGUGGCUACCAGAGACAACUGAACUACAAACAUAGUAACGGUGCUUACAGCACAUUUGGAUCAGGACUGGGGAACACUUGGCUGACUGCUUUUGUGAUAAGAUCUUUUGCAAAAGCACGCUCUUUCAUCUACAUUGACCUGACAAAGCUUGAAGAGUCUAUGUCUUGGCUUGAUGGCAAAAAACAAAAAAACGGCUGUUUCCAGCAGCUGGGAAAACUCUUCAACAACAGAAUGAAGGGUGGUGUGUCUGAUGAAGUGACUCUCAGUGCUUACAUCACUGCUGCCUACUUGGAGAUGAAUGUGCCCCUAAAUGAUCCUGUGGUGAACAAGAGCCUGUCUUGUCUCAGGGAGUCCAUCAGUGACCUCAGCAACACCUACACUACAGCUCUGCUGGCGUACGUCUUCACCCUGGCAGGAGACACGGAGACCCGUGCUCACCUUCUGAAGCACCUGGACACUGUUGCAUCAAACCAAGGAGGUUUCCUCCACUGGUCUCAGACAGCGACAGAAACGUCAGCCUCUCUGUCUGUGGAGAUCAGCUCCUAUGUGCUGCUGGCCAAACUCAGCGGCUCUCCCGCUGCUGAAGACCUGGGCGCCGCCACCAGCAUCGUCAGAUGGUUGACGGGCCAGCAGAACUAUUAUGGAGGCUUCUCCUCUACACAGGACACGGUGGUGGCUCUCCAGGCUCUGGCUCUCUACGCCACUGCAGUGUUCAGUCCAGAGGGUUCCAGCACAGUGACAGUCCAGUCUCCCAGUGGCCAGCUGACAUUUGAUGUGAAUCAGAACAACAAACUGCUCUACCAGGAGAAGCUGCUGCAGGAAGUGACAGGAAAGUACAGCCUGGAGGUGAAGGGCUCUGCAUGUGCUUCAGUGCAGAUCUCUCUUCACUAUAACAUCCCAACUCCUGCUGCUGUCACCACUCUCAGUGUGGAGGUCAAACCAGAGGCCAACUGCACAUCUCUCAGACCCAAACUCACUCUGAAGCUAAAGUCCCUAUAUAGUGGAACAGCAAGCACUACAAACAUGGUGAUCCUGGACAUCAAAAUGCUCUCUGGCUUUGUCCCAGACCCAGAGUCUUUGAGGAGGCUCAAAGGUGCCCUGCUGGUGGAUCGUGUUGAAGAAAAGGAAGAUCACGUUCUGGUGUACAUAACGGAGUUAACGAAGAACAUACCUAUCAACCACAGCUUAGACCUCCUACGGGAGCUCAGAGUGCAGAACCUGAAGCCAGCCGUGGUCAAGAUCUAUGACUACUACCAGCCAAGUGACCAGGCUGAGACAGAAUACAUCUACCCUUGUGCUGCAGCUUGAAGAGCGAACUGUGGUCAGUCCUCAGGUCUUCACUCAUUUCAGUAUAAUUUAAGCAGACCUCAAUUUUAUUACCUAAGAUAGAUUUUAUGUGCCAUGUCAGUUUGU